AUGGCUCAGGCCGCUUUAGAUUGGAAUACAAAAGUAGAAAAAUUGAGCCCCAGGGCUUUGAUGCAGGCCGGCUAUGAGAGAUGCUUAGCAGAUCAAUCUAUUUUUGCAGGUGGAAGUACCGCUAGCAUUGGCAUUGGGCAUGAUGAUGGGAGAGUGGAACUUGCGAACCUCGGAGAUUCAGGAUCCAUUUUUUGCCGACUAGCAGCCAUUCAUCAGUACUCCAUUUCUCAAACGCACGCUUUCAAUGCUCCGUACCAGCUCUCCUUGAUACCGCCGCUCAUCCGAAUCCAAUCGUCAAUGUUCGGAGGUCAAAUCUUCGAGGAUUUCCCCUGCCAUGCGAGUGUAACUAAUUUGAAAAUGCAGCAUGGUGACGUGCUCAUUCUUGCAACGGACGGCGUCCUCGACAACCUUUUCAACCAGGAUAUUUUAAAUAUCAUAACAGACCAAAUGAUAACUGCUGGUGCUUGGAACGUUACUUCGGAGUCGGGGAUUAGCGUUGCCGCUGAUCUUGAUAGAUUCACUCACGAAGGCGGCCUUGUCCAAGCCCCCAGCGUCUCCACUUCGGCGAACGACUCUCAAUCCAAGCAACCGAUAUCUAACCCUCGAACGAGAUUCCUUCCGUUGCAGGAUCGCCUCGCUCUUACAGUUGUUCGGCAGGCGAAAGUUUCCAGCAUGGAUCGUCAUAGGGACGGCCCAUUUGCGAAGGAAGCUCAGCGAUAUUACCCUUGGGGAUAA